AUGAGCACCAUCGCCCGCGCGUCCGCUUUCUGCUCUCCGCCAACGAGCUCCGACGAAUACGUGCUCGAUCCACGCAAAUCCAUGCCGGACUACCGUCGCGAGAUCUACGACCUGCUGCAGUAUCUCGACGAGGAGCAAGACAAGAUCGAGAAGCAGCUCGCGCGCUUUUCCUCGCCAGCCGCCAUCAACAAUGCCCGCAAACAUGCACCGCGGCGCGCCUCAAACUCUUCGCACCAGAGCAUGCGCGACUACGACGAUGUGGCCAGCUCGGAAUCGGAAGACGAAUCGGAGGACGACUUUGUAGUGGUCGAAGACAUCAAUGCAGCCAGCAGGAAGAAGCAGCUCCUGUCGCAGCUUCAGCAGCUUUGGAGGACGAGGGAUGCCCUGCGCAAGAGGGCGAAGCAGCUCAACAUCCGAAUCGAUAGCCUGGCUCACGGCAAAGGAUCGGGUCUCAUGCCUCUCGAAGAUGUUUCACAGGGCGACGUCGACUUUGACGCUCACGAUGACAACGUCGAGGUCUGA